ACCCUUUCCAACCGGAGUACUAUAAGGAUUGAGAAAUGUGUACUGUGAAGAUGGCAUCCUCUUAUAAAAUUAAUUUAGAGAUGUGUUUAGAAGCGGUUAACAGUUUAAUUUCAACCAAGUGCCUAGAAUAUGAUUUCAAGUUAAAUUUUAAGAACAUGCAAGUAAUUUUGGAGCGUAUGGGAUUAGAUAAAACGAACUAUCCUAGUAUGAAGGUAAUCAAAAGCCUUCUAAUGAAACAUCGAAAAUCCGUAAAACGGUUUGCUCCUGAGAUUACUUUGCAGAAUUGUUGGGAUGCAGCGAAUGAUUUGAUCGCUAGAGAAGAGUUGGAUGAGCUAUUCGAAUUGAAUUCUAAGAAUCUGAAAGAAAUUCUUGUAGAAAUGGGAUUAAACGAAAAAUGCGCACCUAACUUAAAAAAAGUUAGGAAUAACUUCGCUUGUAAUCCAACAUAUAAGAAGUAUCGUGCAGAACGAAAGGUGAGAACCCUUAUAAUUGUUAUAAGCUUCCUGAAAUUAAUAAAACUAUUUUGAAAUUUUCAAUGUGAAAUCAUUUCCGCAGAAUAUUGAACAUUCAAUUGCCGCUGAAAGUCAUAACAUCGAUAAUUUCAAAGAAUGUUCUUUUGAGAAUGAAAGUGCCUGCUUGCCACAAGACUGCGUUGGAGUUCAUGAACUUUUAUUAAAUAAAACAGAUCAUAUGUCCGAAACAAACUCAUCUCCUUCACGUGUCGAAACAAGAACAUUAUCAUUUGUAUCAUUUGACACAAACGAUUUCGAGGAAUUGGCCGACUCUCAAAGUACUACUUUUGACGGCGUUGAUAAUACGGGAAAAGAUAACGAACAACCUCCAUUCGGAUUUUUAUUGAAAGGAACAGAUUUAUCGCGUGUCGAAAUAAAAUCAUUAUCCGUCGAGUUUCCUGCAAAAGUAUGUAAGAAAGGAAUGGAACUUAAUGCUCCAGAAAUUGAAUGUCGCAUUUUUGAAACAUCAGUAAGUCAAAUGCAAGAGAGAUCAACGAACGACAUGCAAGACUCGAUUGUUUCAUUUGAUACCAAUGAUCUUGAAGGAUCGACCAAAUCACAAGAUACUACUUAUAGCAGUGAUGUAGAUGUAACUGAACUUGUGUUCAAUACAACGGACUUUGAAAACCUACGAAAAGAGAUAAAAGAAAAAGGCAACAGUAACAGGAUCAAAUACAAUGUCAAGGUUGCGGAAUGUGGGGCAACUGCCACAAAAAGACUUUAUAGUGGUGCUUCAAUUUACGAGUGUUCUUUUUACAUCAACAAGAAGAACAUUGAAAUGUGUAAACAUUAUGAUCAACAUAAUAUAAUGCAAAGCAAAACCAAGGUUGGCGAUGCUAAAUAUAAGCAACAAAAGCAUAGAAGGCCUUUUAUAGUGGCCUUAGAAGAUUUGUUAAAAAUCAAAUAUGAAGAAUUCAAUAUCUAUUGUAUAAUCAAUAUAAAUUCUCAUAAUUGCAACAAAUCUGGCUGGCUAUUUUAUGGUGUCUGCGCUCACAAGACCUGCAGAUCUUAUCGUUUCAAAAUUGUUUCUGUUACGGAUGGUGAUAACAUAUAUAAAGUCGAUGUCUAUGUUAAUGUCGCUAUGACCCUGAUACACGGGGAAAACCUGAAAGCGGCAUAUUGCAAAGGAGUAAAAAGAAACAUAAAUAUGAAAAAACUGCAGCUCCAAAAACCACUUGAAUUACGAACUAAGUUGAUCAACGAAAAGAAAAAAAGGGAACCAUUCGAGAAGGUAGACAUUGUCAGCAAAAAUGUAUUGAAAAAAAUUAGCAGUGAAGCUAAAUCGAAGCUUAACAGGGAUAUUGAUGAUUUUCAAGAUUUGAUAAAAAUGUCUGAGGAUAACGGAUCUUAUAUCAAAAAUGUGUUUAGAAAGCCCUUUGGUGUAAUUUGUUUUAAUACAAAAAUGUUCAAAGAGCUGAGAAAAAACAAGACUUACAGUCCUAUUUUCUACAUGGAUGGUACUGGAUCGGUUGUACGAUAUUCAAAAGCUGAGAAGCGUGUUCAAAUAUAUGUUUUGGUCGCAUACAAUUACCGGUCAAAUUUUAGUGUACCCGUAACAACCUUUGUGACUGAAAGCCAAAAAACAGUAGACUUCCACAAUUGGUUGAAUAUAUUUCGUGCUUCGUACGAGUCAGGCAGCUCUAUGAAUAAAUUGAAUAAAAUAGCGAGAAUUGUUAGUGUUGAUUGGAGCUGGUCACUGAUUGGUGGAUUGAUACGGGCUCUUAAUAAUCAACACCAUACACUACCAGAGUAUAUCCGAGAUUGUUAUAAAGUUUGCAUAAGAGAACUCAAUCUCAAUUUCACUAUCAUUCAUUUAUGCUACAGUCAUUUCAUGAAUGUAGUUUCUAAGGACUUGAAAUCUGCUCCAAUCAACAUAAAACAUAAGUUCAUGGACUGUAUGCGAUUGGCUGUACGUGCUACAAACUUAGUGGACUUAAUCGAUCUGUUUAUCAUUAUGACAUGCAUUUUUGGAUCUGCAAAUGAGAACCGAAUGCUUGAGACAUCACUAAAAGAACUAGAUGCAAAAAUUAAUGAUAGAACAAGCUUCGAUUCAGAAAGCGCUGGUAAAUUUGAUUAUACUGGCAUCG